AUGGCCACCGCUGUCGCUAAUGGCCAUGCAUCGAAGUCCGCGGAAGCGGCCAAACAACGCCGAUUACUUCACCAUGAAGCCGACGUGGUGAUUGUGGGCGCAGGAAUUCUGGGUUGUGCGCUCGCGGUCGCUCUAGGACGCCAGGGACGCAGCGUGCUGCUGUUGGAGCGGUCCAUGAAGGAGCCCGAUCGCAUUGUCGGAGAACUCUUGCAACCGGGGGGUGUUCAGGCCCUCGAACAAUUGGGUCUCGCAGAUUGUCUGGAGGGGAUCGACGCCAUCCCCGUGGAGGGCUACUAUGUCUCGUAUUUCGGCAAUGCGGUUUCGAUCCCCUACCCCAAGCCGACACCGUCGUCCCCCCGCCCGGAAGGCCGCUCCUUUCACCAUGGGCCGGUUCUUGGGGUGGAGUGCGUGACCGGCGAGGCGAAGGACUGCUAUUUCGGACACCUCACGGUCGUCGCCGACGGCUACGCUUCCAAAUUCCGCAAAGCGCACCACCCGCAUACCCCCAAGGUGCGCUCCAAGUUCUGGGGCCUCGAACUCAUCGACACCAAGCUCCCGAUGCCACUGCGAGGACACGUCCUCCUGAGCGACGAUGCGCCCAUCCUCCUGUACCAGAUCGGCACCCAUGAGACCCGCAUCCUCGUCGACAUCCCCGAAAACCUCCCCUCCGCGUCGGUCGAGAACGGCGGCGUCAAGAACCACCUGCGAACCGUCACCCUGUCGUCCCUCCCCGAAUCCGUGCGACCUGCGUUCCUAGCCGCCCUGGACAAAGGCGGCUUGCGCUCCAUGCCCAACUCCUACCUCCCCUCGGCGACGAACAAGACCCCCGGACUGGCCAUCUUGGGCGAUGCGCUCAACAUGCGACAUCCGUUGACCGGCGGUGGCAUGACGGUGGCAUUCAACGACGUCGUGGUUCUCCGCAACCUCCUCAGCCCCGAACAGGUGCCGAAUCUCGGGGACACGGACAAGGUCCUUCGCCAGCUGUCGAAGUUCCAUUGGCGGAGGAAGAACGGUUCGUCGGUCAUCAACACUCUCGCCCAGGCAUUGUACGCCCUUUUCGCUGCUGACGAUGCAAAUCUUCGCGCUCUCCAACGAGGCUGCUUCCGUUAUUUCGAGUUAGGCAUGAUCGACGGCCCAUGUGGUCUCCUGGCUGGGUUGAUCAAACGGCCGGCCGUCCUCUUCUUCCACUUCUUCAACGUCGCAUUCCUCGCCCUCUGGCUGAUCAUUCGCGAGGGUCCUCUGUACAAACUCCCGCUGUUGCUGCUUCGAUGCAUCACGACUUUCUGGACGGCGUGCGUCGUCAUCUUCCCAUACAUGUUGAUUGAAGCAUUCUGCUAA